UCUAGAUUACAUUCAACGGUAGUUACCGCUUCGACUAUACAUCAGAGCAACAGUGAUCUUAACAACCAAUUCAGUUCUCCAUUCUGCAUGACAUUCAAACAGGAACAAAAUGGAAGCGGGCAGUGUGCAUUCAUUACAAGAGCGGCUACUGGCAAGUCAGAGUGGUCAACAGAUGGUUGUUGGCUUGAAACAAAGAUCAACCACUCUACAACAUGUUGCUGCAACCACAUGACAAUCUUUGCACUUCUAGAAUUAGAACAGGCCACGCCUUCCACCAGCGUUGACGUCAUCCAUGUUGCUUUGUCAGGGGUUGCAUGUUUCAUUCUCGUUGUAGACAUUCUACUGCAUUUUGUUUUCAGAUACAUCGAUAGCGGAAUAAUUUGUGCUCAUGUUUCACAGGAUAUAGCCAGUAUCAUGGCUUUCACAUCUAUCAUCCUGCCAUCUCUCAAAAUAUUUACUGGGGUGACAUGUAACUUAAUGGCUGGUCUGACGUACUACGGAAUCAUCUGCCAAUUCUUCAAGAAUGUAGAGGGCGCAAUAUAUCUUUGUGUGAAGUUGUCCACAAGGGGAGGCCAGAAUGCAGUGCGCUAUUGGCUUUGGCAAAUUAUUGGAUGGAUAUCUCCUCUUCUACCGAUUGGUGUAUCUCUUGCAUUCUGGAUCGAUGAUUUUGGGGGCCAAGAAGGGUGA